CGGAAGUUCAUACUUCGCGAAAGCGAUGCAGCACUACAAUAUGGCGAAUAAGCGUGUUAUGUGACAGAAUUGACAUUUACCAUUAUGAACGCCAACGUCCAGGGUAUAAAUUUCCUGGAUGUAACAAGCUUAGAUCCCCAGGAACAGCAAAGAGUAAAUGAAAUUCUGUUUGGGCAGCGAGUUUUAGGAAAAGUAGAGUUUCCAUGGGGACAUACACAACCUAGGAGACAUGGGGAAGGAGAGGAAGGAGCUGUCAGUCCUCCAGAUGUCCCUAUCCAGCGUCAGACGGACCCCUCUAUACCUCAGACAGAGAGACACAUUGGACAAGACAUGGGCAGUAUUACUACAGACAGAAUGGAUUAUAACUGUGUGUGGGAUUCCACAAAACCCAAAGAACGGAAUGUCGGCAAACCAUACGAAAGAAGAAACAAAAAGCGAAGGCCCCCUGAUUACUACCAGAAACUUGAUGAAGCGAUUCAGUUGGAAAAUUCAAUACCAACAGAAAGCCCCGAGGUCAGCAGACCGUUGAUGUGGCACGAGGAGGUAGAACAGACCCUGCCACUAGUCGACAAUCAGAUGAAUAAGGUUCUUCCCACAGGUAACAUUUCUUCCCUUGGCAACUUAAACCCAGAGCAAACAGGUGCUCUAAGAGACUGCAGCUACAAUGCUCAGACAGGACAAUAUCCACAGCAUCAGAACUUUAGUGCUAACUUCCAAGGAAAUGACACUGUUGAUGAACUGAUCUCAAAACAGCCAGAAUUCAUUCCAAACAGCAGAUCAUCAGAUAAAACUUAUAAGGAUUCGAACAACUUCUCACAAUGGCAGCAGCCUACCCCAAUGUCUGGAAAUGCAUACGACAUUUCCUCGAAGCAAUCAGUUCCACUCUCCCAGUUCAGUGUAUCAGUGUCUGAAUUUGAUCCUACUUUAUGUACAAAUGUUUCAUCACCCGUGCACUUUAGUGGACCUCCUCCUCAUAAGCACACUAACUUCUCACCAGCAGCUCCAAUGAUGUCCCAUGGAGCUUCAUACCCAGGAGGAAACACAGAAAUCAAUUCUGCCAAUACACAUCCCAUCACUGAAUCGCAAAAAGUAGAAAACUUGUCAGAACACAUUUCUAUGAUGUCUGUAGAACAAAAAACACAAAAUGUUCCUACAAAUAUUUCUGAUAUUAGUAGCUCAUCUUAUGCAGGUUCAGGAGCAGAUUCCUCUGUGAUCCAGCCUGGUAGUGAUUCUUUCUCAUUUGUCCCUCCAGAUUCUAGUCAAAGAUUCAGUGAGGAAGAGUCAAAAAACAAUCUGGGUUCUGUCGACUCGCCCCUCACAUUUGAUUUCGAUCGCCCUCGUACAGACCUGGAUUUGGAUCAGUACCCAGUUCUAGGCAAGAUAAGUGGCACUUCUGAAGAUUCCACAAAAGAUGCCAGCCCAGGGUUUGCUGUACAAAGUACCUCAUCGCAAAGUGUUCCUCCACAAGCUGUCAAACCAAAGUCUGCGUCAUGGGCGGGGCUGUUCAGUAAUGUGGACCCAGCAAAGCAGGGAUUUGUAGUGACAAAUUGGUCACAGCCUCCCUCGAAUGAUUCUCCUAAACCAACAGAGACACCUCAAACAGAAACAAGAGAACCAAGUGCGCCUGUUAACGUCUCCGAAGAUCCCCUUGCUAGAACGUUUGGAGAUUCUCUGUCUCGCAUGAAGGUCAGUCAUGUUCCCAUUGGACUUCAACCAAGAGGCUUAAUGAACCGAGGCAACUGGUGUUAUAUCAAUGCUACUUUGCAGGCAUUGGUUUCCUGUCCUCCAUUUUACAAUGUGAUGAAAAAGUUCCCAGUUCACCCCCCUGUCAGGAGGGGCAAAAGCUGCACGCCUAUGCUGGAUAGCAUAGUGCAGUUUGUACAUGAAUUCCACCCUUGUGGCAGACCUACAGAAAGAGGUAAAAAGACCUUAACCGACUUAGCCCCGGGGCCCGCUUUUGAACCAGCCAAUGUGUACAGAAUGCUCCAGGUCAUGGAGGCAAACAAGUCCUUCAAGCUUGGGAGACAGGAAGAUGCAGAGGAGUUCCUGAGUUGUAUAUUAGAUGGAAUGCAUGAAGAAAUGACCACUCUUAUUAAAUUUGCCAAGGGAACACUCACAGAUUCUAAUGCCGCCAACGGCAGUGUAAUGGAAGAUGUGUCUGUAGAAGAGAGUUCAGACAAUGCAGACUCCUGGGAACAAGUCGGACCCAAAAAGAAGAGUGUUCUCACACGACGGGCAACUUUUGAGAAGACACCAUUAGCUGAGAUCUUUGUGGGCUACACAAGAUCUGCUUUGUACAAAGCGUCUUCCAAAGAUUCUGCAACCUUACAGCCAUUCUUCACACUUCAGUUAGAUAUUCAGUCGGAUAAAGUCCACUCGGUAAAAGAGGCCUUGGAAGGGCUGGUGUCUAGGGAAUCAGUAUCAGGAUUCACUUGUUCCAAAACUAAAGCUGAGGUAGAUGUGGUGCGUCAUGUGACAUUAGAGGAACUUCCUCCCGUCCUUAUCCUCCAUCUUAAAUUCUUCGUCUAUGAUAAAGAUGGUGGCAGUCAGAAACUUUUGAAGAAUCUAGAGUAUGGCAUCGACCUUGAAAUCACCAAAGAUCUGUUGUCCCCUAAUGUCCGGAACAAGCUUCAGCUUCACCAGAGAUCCUACAAACUUUUUGCUGUAGUGUACCACCACGGGAAGAAGGCGACCGGCGGUCACUACACCACCGCUGUAUACCACCCUGCGGUCAAUAACUGGAUCAUGAUGGAUGACAGCUUGGUCAAGCACGUGUCUGUUGGUGCAGUGCUGAAGAAUUUCCCAGGACGUGUGCCUUAUCUUCUGUAUUACCGCCGCGUCGACAUGCAUUAGACAUCACUGGACGUCGACAUGCAUCAGACAUCACUGAACAUAACGCAAGCUGUCGUGAAAGUACGGAAAAUUAUUUCAUUGAGAAUUUUUACAUUUUCAUGGAGAAUUUUUAGUGAGAAAUGGAUACCCAAUGCAUGUAAUUAGAAGUAUAAAGAUGUAGGGAAAAUGUUGAAUUUUAUAGCAUAUUUUGUAUUAAACAAGAAAUAUUUUGAUUGUUUGUAAAAUUUGCAUAUAUGACUUGAAUGAAUGAAAUUCACUGCAAAUGAAUAUCUAUUUUUAUACUAAUGAAUGUGGAUUGGUUCAUUGAAGCCAGUAGUUAGUAUGAACCAAUCAAAUGAAAAGUUUCUUAAAAGGACCUAACAUGUGGCAGAGGGUGCCUGUUCCAUUUUGGCAUUUUUGGGCUAUUUUUAGGGUUUUAUUAUAUGCAUCAACAUUGACUUUGUGAAUACAUGUAUCUGUGUUUAAAUUGAAAAUGUAAGAGAGUUUUAGGUUUCUUCAUGUAUUGAAGAUUGAAUGAAGAAUUCAGAUGCAGAUAUUUUGCAAUAUUUAAUUCAAUAUGUUUUUCUUCAGUUUAUUUAUUACUAUUACAGCAAUAUUUGCUAUUGUAGUUGAUUUUUAUGCCCCCGGCUUGAGAUGGCUGGGUUAUAUAGUGUUGCCCUCUCCUGUCCUUCCGUCAUAAAUUCAGUUUUCAUUCAUUAUAUCAGCUGUAGAUACACCUAUUCAAAUGAAAUCCCAUCACGAGAAAAUUCAGGUCAAGUUCUUGUUUGGUUCUGGUUGAAUAAUUUUUGACAAAAGUUGUGCCCCAGUGGACUUAAAAAAAUCAAACAAUGCAUUGUCUCCACUCGUUAUCAGUCAUGCAUGGACAUUUUGAAUUCAGACAUCACAAGAAUACACAAGUCAUGUUUAUAUUUUGUUCAGGUAAAGAAAAAUUGACAGUUAUACCCCUUGGACUUAAAAAAAAUUUCAGGUAAUUCAUAGUUUCCUCACCCUCAUUUCCUCAAUCAGGCAUAGGCAUUUGAAUUAAAUUUUGGGACAUAAAAAUGCAGGGAAAGUUUGGAUUUGGUUGAAUAAUUUUUGGAAGAAUUGAACCACUUGCACUCUGAAAACUUUCAAACAAUUUAGUUUCUACUCAUUAUCUCAGUUAAUAUACAAGGACGAUUUGAAUUGAAACUUGGGAUAUAGUUAUCAAAUUACAUUUAUCAUCAAUUCACUGGAAUAAAAUGGCAAUAUAAAGUCCUAGAAAACUCUGUUGGCAGUGGGGGCAUUUGUGUUGCAGGAACACAUCUAGUUAAUAAUUGUCAUCUUUUCAAGAUGUUUCUAUAUUUUGAUGACACAGGAAUGUGAAUGAUUGCACAAUAAAUCAGUUUGUCAUAUAUAAUUUUUUUUUA